AUGAGCAACGCAUCACGCAGAGACGCCACACGCAGCGGCGCAGACGAAGAAACGCCGCUUCUCGGCCGAAAUGGACUAUCCGGCGGAAAGUCGGACAACACGGGGACUGUGCAGCGGUUCAAACGGCACAUGAACUGCGAUGUUACGAAGAACUGGGCAGACCUUGUUUUGUUGUUUUGCUACAUUAUUACUGGGCUAUUGGAUAGCUCGGCAGUCUUCAUAUGGGGCUCUUUUGUUAGCAUGCAGACGGGUAACACCGUCUAUCUUGGCUUGGGCAUUGUUGCACCUACUGAGGGCAUUCGCUGGAUCAAAGCCUUGACGUCCAUUGUUGCAUUCUGUGCGGGCUCGUUCUGUUUCGCGCGCUUCCAUCGCUACUUUUCACCCGCCAAGAGAUGGGUGCUCAUCGUAUCCUACUCUUUCCAGAUGCUGCUUAUCGCUGUAGCUGCAUUCAUCGCGACAUUCGGCGAGGACACCAAGGAAGGCCUUCAUUGGCAGAUGCUCGUCCCGCUUGCUUCAGUUGCUUUCCAGUCCAGCGGGCAGGCGGUUACGUCGCGUGCCUUGAAGUAUAAUGGCCUGACCAGUGUUGUGCUUACCAGCAACUACUGCGAUCUGUUUUCCGACCCGCAAUUGUUCAAGCCGUCGAACGUGGAGCGAAAUAGGAGGAUCGGUGCACCAGUGUUGCUGCUGUUGGGAGCUUGCAUUGGCGGCCUAUACGCUCACAGUAGUGUAGGUCUCGCAGGCGCCUUGUGGACUGCUUGCGGACUGAAGCUAUUGGUUGUCUUUGCCUGGGUCUUUUGGCCUUCGGAAGUUACAGAGGAGUAA